AUGAACAGAUUGAACAACCGACCGGCGACCGUACGUGUAGUGACAGGGAACACACACACGGGAGGAGAGACAGGACAAACGACUGGCGGGACACGGACACGGGCUGUACCUGGGAGGAUGACGGACACCACGGUCAGGGUACAGGGACACGGAGACACGACACUGAUGACAGGUCACACACGACACACGGCACAAGACACACGGACAGACACACGACACAGGCCGCCGACACUCGCGGACCGCACUGACGGGCACCCGCUCACACGCUCGCUCGCUCUGAGGUGUCGCGCGACACUGCGCCCGGCCGCCGGGGACCGGCCUGACCCCGCCCCCGCCGCCCCGCCCACACGAGCACGCCCCGGCCCCGCCCUCCGCAUUACUCGGCCGGGGAUAGCGACCACUUACUAUCAUGGACGAGCGUGUGAGAGGCGCGCGGCUCCUGGAGUAUGUGCUGGAGUGCCGUCUCCUCCCCUCCCCCGCGUGUCCCUGGUCAUGUCCCGGUGUCCUCCUCGCCAGCUGACCGCCUCCCCUUCUAUCUCCCGAGCUGCUCCCAGUAUGCCAGGUAUAUGUAUCUGUAGGUAUGUAUCUCGUGUCCCUGCCUCAACAUGUCUCAGUAUCUCCCCCAUGUUCAUCCCGGUCCCGCUCCCUGUCAGUGUAACUCCUCCCUGUCACUCGUGUGUUGUAGUCUGUUCCUCCUGGAUGUGUCUCUCUCCCCCGGUGUCCCCCGUGUACAUCCCGUGUGUGUCCAGUCGUCGUCCCUGGUGGUAUCUUCCCCUGCCUCUCAUCUUAUUCUUCCCACAGUAG